AUGGCGUUUAAAAAGAAAGAUAUUGGAGUCUAUUCGACUGCAGUCAUAACAUCUGAACUACAAUUUCAGAUUAAAUUAGAGUACAAAGGAACAUAUUUUGGGCAGUUAUUGUCAUCCGCUAAAUUAGACCAAAAUAAAUUUGGUAUCCUCGAGUAUGAAAAAAGAACUGAAAAUACUUCUCGCGAGGAAAAAACGAUUAAAUGGCAAGAGAAAGUUGAAAAUCCGUGCUUUGCACAAAACGAUAAUGCAGGAGACAACAGUGAACCGUGUACGAGCUCACAAGCUGACAGGCAACGUCUUUUCACCUAUAUUGACAACGAAAAGCCACCAGAAGAUGUGCUCACAUGGCAUACGGAAAACAAAGAAGAAGACAGUCGAUCAGAUAAAGAUUCUUCACUAGCAAAAAAUAAUGCGCGAAAUAGCAGAAUAGCUCCUCUCAGUAUUCGGGUGGUUAGUCGACGGCGAGAGAUGGUGAUAGAUUUACCAUCAAAGGAAUCUAUGCGAAAAGCGAGGACGGUAAAUAUGUCAGCAGUUACCAUGUAUCUGAUGGCCUACCUAGGACCGCUUCAUUGCGACAGAGAAUCUUACGACACGAACGACGAGUAUGUUAUCUGUAAGAUAACCGUGAUCAACAAUAGGAUUAUUACACUUGAACCUGAUGUUGCGAGUUCAAGUGUUACUCUGCAAAGCAGAUAUGGCAAUUAUUUGGCGACAGUUUCUAUUGAAGAUGCUAACUUUGACUUAAUUCCUUCAACCAUAGAUGAGGAAGUCAGUUGCAAGAAAGCUUUGAAUUUUCCGCACGACGGUUUGUAUGUAGAAUACAAAGUUGAAGUACCAGAUGAGAUUUCUGUAGAUGGUGGCACAAAAGAAGGUUCUACGAAUAUUAGCGUAACAAAAUCGAUUGAUGGGAAUGAUGUUGCCGUUUUCUCGCACACAUUUUCGGUAUAUAUGCGAACAAGAGCAAAAAGUUUUGGUGAAAACUUUUGCUUUCCAAGAAUUUUGUUUCGUAUUUGUUCAGAAGAUUACUGGGGACGUUAUUACGUUGACGGCUACGGAUUCACACCUUUACCAAUAAGCCCUGGCAGACAUGCGCUAAAUAUUACUUGUUGGAGGCUUGUUAAUACGCUAAGCAGGAAAGCAGCCCUGUACGACUACUUUGUCGCACAGAACAACGAUGUCGACACCUUGCAGAUUUGCGGUUUGCCAAAUGCACUAGCACAGGGGUCCAAACUUUCCCGAAUAGGACUCACUACAACUUCUUCCGGUCAACUGGUGUUGAACGUCACUUGCAUCCUUCAAUCACAAGAUUUCAUAUCGUUGCAGCUCCUACAGCAAAUGAAAUAUGGUCUAGCCAUGCAACGUAUCGGUUUGAACCCCAAUCUCCACUGGAAGAUCAUUAAAGUGCUGAUAGACUUCGAAAAUGCAAAGUCUCAGUUGAUGGAAAUAAGGAACAAACCAUUACCAAAUCAUGUUUUCAAAAAACGAAAUGCUGAAGCUAAUACAGACGAAAUGGAAAGAACAAACAAGUGA